CUCAGACUCUCCGGCAGGCGUCGCUCGUCUCCUUGAAGCUCCGUGUAUUGUUUAUAAAAGAAGAAGAACAUGGAGGAAAUAAGACAGAGCUAACUUGGUAAACUGAAAGCUAACUGGCCCUUUUAAAAGCUUGGUGUUAAACAAUGAACCAGUCAAGAUGGGGCAGACCCUGUGCGUAUGCUCCCGUGGUUCCAUCACCAUCGAUAACAAAAAAUAUUACUUUGUCCAGAAACUAGAUGAAGGUGGGUUCAGUUAUGUUGAUCUGGUUGAGGGGGCAAAAGAUGGGCGAUUCUAUGCCCUGAAGAGGAUCCUGUGCCAUGACCGUGAAGGCCGACAGGAGGCUCAGACAGAAGUGGAAAUGCAUCAGAUGUUUAAUCAUCCCAACAUCUUGAACCUGGUCGCACACACCUUUGUUGAUCGUGGAGGCAAGAGUGAAGCCUGGUUGCUUCUUCCUUAUAUAAGUAAAGGCAGUCUGUGGUCUGUUCUGGAGAAGCUAAGAGACAAGGGGAGCUCCAUGCCUGAAAAACAGAUUCUGCAAAUUUUCCGUGGCAUCUGCUCUGGACUCAAGGCCAUUCAUGAAAAAGGCUUUGCACACAGAGAUCUGAAGCCUACAAAUGUGCUUCUGGAUGAGGAUGACAGGCCAGUUCUGAUGGACCUGGGCUCCAUGAACCGUGCCAGGAUUGAGGUUAGAGGUAGCAGAGAAGCCAUGACCAUACAGGACUGGGCAGCCCAGCGGUGCACCAUUUCCUACAGGGCUCCUGAACUCUUCAAUGUAGAGAGCCACUGCAUUAUAGAUGAGCGCACUGAUAUCUGGUCACUUGGCUGUGUGCUUUACUGCAUGAUGAUGUUGGAGGGACCAUACGACCUGGUAUUCCAGAAGGGGGACAGUGUUGCCCUCGCUGUCCAGAAUCCAGUAACCAUCCCACAGCCUUGCAGUUACUCAGAGGGCCUGCAGAUGCUGCUCAGCUCCAUAAUGGUGUCAAACCCCCAGGAGAGACCAAACAUCAGCUGGGUUCUUGACCAGGUACAGGACCUGCAGAGUCGCAGCCCCAACACCCAAACCAACAUGGUCUGAUUUUGCACGGUGCACUAGAUGCGGGCUCUUGGAGACCAUUGCGCGCACAAAUAAUCGUCUUUUAUUUAGGUUUGAAAAUAUUCCUUUAAUUUAUUGAGUGUUGUGUAAAAGCCCAGGUAUAGACUUUCAUUCACCUUGACUGAGCUUGGCAACAGUAUCAGCUUUUAGUUUGAAUGAUUCAACCUAACCUGCACAUCACAGUGGGCUUUUGUAAUCCGUAUAAGCUUACCCAAUGAUCAAAAGAAUCUAAAAGGCCUUAAUUGUAGUUUGACCCUGCAAUGUGAGUAGUUUGGCAAGGGUCAAAUGUUACGUGUAAAAACAAAGUGGCUUUACCUUGUAAUUUUAAAGGGACAGUUUGACAUGGUGAAACACGGGCAUAUUCGGUUUCUCCGAGAGUUGUGUGAGAAGAUGGAUAUGUCUGUCAAUUCAGUGUGUAGCUGGUGCCAGCAACCCCAUAGCUUAGCUUAGCUUAUUUUAGCUUAGUUUAGCAUUAAGACUGGAAAAAAGGGGAAACAGCAAACCUAGCCCUGUCUAAAGCUAGCUAACUGAAACUCACUAGUUAUCCUGUUAUAUCUGUUUGUUUAAGCUGUUCAAAAGCCAAAAUGUAAAAACAAGUGGUUGGUGGCUGUAGGGGGUGUUUAUGUACAGGGUUAUUACUUUACAUUUUAGUUUUGGAUUAAAUGAAAAAGAUUUUACAUGUUAAUUAGUGAGCUUUAGAAAUACUGCUAGGUGGAUUAUCUUGCCUGGACAGAACCUGGCUAGCUGUUUCCCCCUCUUUCCAGUCUUAAUGCUAAGCUAAGCUAACAGGUCCCUGGCUGGAGCCUUAGGAAAUAAGUGUAUUCCUAUAAAAGAAAUAAGAAAGAAAGAACACAUUUUUGUCUUAAAAUUGUAGUUUGGAUUUUUUUUUAUUUUUACAAGAAAAGGGACAACAUAAAAGGUUGUCAGACUUUCUGUUGGAUGAAGCUACCUGAGUUCAAUGCAUAUCAGAUUACAUUCCCUACCAAGAUGGGCCAGUUCCCUUUAUCUUUCAUCUUAAUUCUUGAGUUAUGUGUGUGCGACAUCUUGUAGUUGCACAUAUGCUGUAUUUACCAAUGUACAACUUCGCCUUUGGCUCUUCCCCACACUGUCACUCACACGUUUGUCUCCACUGGGGAGAAGUUAAGAGGCUGAGUGCUCCUCACUUGCAAUGCUGCAUUUGAACACACAGAGGUGCUCCAGCAUCACAGUCCCCUGCUCCACAAACGUAUUAUCAUGGCGAUCGACCAUGUUUCUGUCUGUAUAGUCGGUAAUGUGAGAAUGGGCCCUUCAUAAAACACAGAAGAAAGUAUCUGCUUACACACAAAAAAGAAGAAAAUCAAAGAGAAGGGGUCAGGUGUUACUAUACAACAAUAGAAAAAUGAACUUAGAAGUGUUUUUAUUAACUGUAAGUCAAAGUCAUUGUCAUAUUUACCAUUGCAGUUUAAUCUUUUUUUAAACUUCAGUUUUCACUGUGUUGUGUUUUUGAACAGUUAAGUAUUGUCCAUUCCAGCUAUGCUGUUAAAUUCUGGGUUUCCUGUCAUGUGUAAACAUGGUCUGACACUUCUGUUCUCUCAGGGUUCACCCACGUCUCAAAGGGUCUGAUGGUCUUUCCUACUAGACCUAAAUGGUACCUUUAAAAUUAUUAUUAGAUAAAUUAAACUUUGGGGCAUUUCAGUUAAGAUUUAUGCUUUUGUGACUGUAAUUGGACCAUGUUAGAACUGAAAAAGGUCCUCGAUAGUUAAUGCAGUUAAUUGUUGGAAUGGUAAUUGACAUACUGUUAAAGUAUAUUAUCUUUUUAACCCUAAGUUUGGAUAUGUCAAAUGACUAUUAAUUUUUGUGUAGCUGUUAAUGGUGAACUAAUCCUGGUAUCACGCUGCUGGUAAACAAAGCAAUUGAAGUGUACUGGUGAAGUUCACAGAUAUUUUAAGUCUGUUAUUUGAUUAUGGAGAAUUCUGUUAAAAUUAUGUUUCAUCUCUUAUUCUCUGCACAGUAAAGGAUAAAUAAAUAUUAAAUAUGUA